CCAGGUGUCCCGCCGGGCGGUGCGGAGUCUCCAGCUCAGGCCGGCGGAGCUGUCAUGCUGCCCAAAGUCGAGACUGAAUCCCUGGGACUCUCUCGAUCGCAUGGGGAACAGGGGCACAUGCCAAGAAACAUGCAAGCCCCCCAGUUUAAAAUGAUGGACUACUCCUAUGACGAGGACCUGGACGAGAUGUGUCCCGUGUGCGGAGACAAGGUUUCUGGAUACCACUACGGACUCCUGACCUGCGAAAGCUGCAAGGGCUUCUUCAAGCGCACCGUCCAGAACAACAAGCGCUACACGUGUAUAGAGAACCAGAGCUGCCAAAUUGACAAGACCCAGAGGAAGCGCUGCCCCUACUGCCGCUUCCAAAAGUGCCUCACUGUCGGCAUGAAGCUAGAAGCUGUGCGUGCGGACCGCAUGCGUGGUGGCCGCAACAAAUUCGGCCCAAUGUACAAGCGUGACCGGGCCCUCAAGCAGCAGAAGAAGGCACUGAUUCGUGCCAAUGGCCUGAAGAUCGAGGCCAUGAGCCAGGUGAUGCAGACCGUGCCCACCGACCUCACCAUCUCCUCGGCCAUCCAGAACAUCCACUCGGCCGCCUCCAAGGGUCUUCCGCUGAGCCACCAUGCCGGUCAUCACGCUGGCCACCACCACCACCAUCACCACCACCACCACGCCACUGCCCUGCCCCCCACAGACUAUGACCGCAGCCCUUUUGUUACGUCGCCAGUCAGCAUGGCCAUGCCCCCGCACGCCGGCAGCCUGCAGGGCUACCAGGCGGCCUAUGGACACUUCCAGGGCACGCGCACCAUCAAGUCCGAGUACCCAGACCCGUACACCAGCUCGCCGGAGUCCAUCAUGGGCUACCCCUACGUGGAUGCCUACCAGUCAGGUUCGCCGCCCAGCUUCCCGCACCUGAUCGUGGAGCUGCUCAAGUGCGAGCCUGAUGAGCCGCAGGUUCAGGCCAAGAUCCUAGCCUACCUGCAGCAGGAGCAGGCCAGCCGGGGCAAGCACGAGAAGCUCAACACCUUUGGCCUCAUGUGCAAGAUGGCCGACCAGACGCUCUUCUCCAUCGUGGAGUGGGCACGCAGCAGCAUCUUCUUCCGUGAGCUCAAGGUGGACGACCAGAUGAAGCUGCUGCAGAACUGCUGGAGCGAGCUCCUCAUCCUCGACCACAUCUUCCGACAGGUGGUGCACGCCAAGGAAGGCUCCAUCCUAUUGGUCACUGGUCAGCAGGUGGACUAUGCGGUGAUCGCUUCGCAGGCAGGGGCCACCCUCAACAACCUGCUGAGCCACGCCCAGGAGCUGGUGGCCAAGCUGCGCUCGCUGCAGCUGGACCAGCGGGAGUUCGUCUGCCUCAAGUUCCUGGUCCUCUUCAGCCUGGAUGUGAAGAACCUCGAGAACUUCCACCUGGUAGAGAGCGUCCAGGAGCAGGUGAACGCGGCGCUCUUGGAUUACGUCAUGUGUAACUACCCGCAGCAGACGGACAAGUUCGGCCAGCUGCUCCUGCGGCUCCCUGAGAUCCGAGCCAUCAGCCUCCAGGCCGAAGAAUACCUUUACUACAAACACCUGAACGGAGACGUGCCCUGCAACAACCUGCUCAUCGAGAUGCUGCACGCCAAGAGAGCUUAGGGAGGGACCGCGCUACCCACAGUGCAUCUGUGCGUGGGGAUCCCCGAGAUUCUCUCCACAGCCCCCGAAACUACCACUCAACGUUUCACUAAGCCCCGCCCCAGAGGGAGGCUGAUUCAGCGAUGGUUAGACUCUCUCCUUAAUUUUCAACUCAUUUUGUCAGUCACUUGAAGUACAGAUUAGGACAAAUACAUACAAGUAGACAUACAAAUCACUACCACACACACACACACACACACACACACACACCAUAUAAAUCCCUUUACUCUGAGAAAAGAAGGUUUUCCUCAACCAUGUGGGAUCUCAGAAAAAGACAACACUGACAGGUUGAAGGUAAAAAGAAACGUUUGCAUUUGACUGCACAAACACAGACUAUCAAGGUGAUGCAAAGACUGGCAGGCUGUGACUGAGAGGAUUUUACUGCCGGUGACACUGUGAGAGGCUUUCUGUGCCCUGAAAGGAAGCUCUGGACCGCCACCCGUCGCAGAGGAGGGACGGCUAGCGAGAGCAGGGGCUUGUGAGCUCUCACUGCAGCCGGCUUUCAGCUGUCUGUUGGUACUGGAAAGACGAGAGGACACGCAGCCAGCCGGGCCGGACGCUCUGAAGGCACACAACACAGCCACCGAGGCAGCUUGGCCCAAUUUGAAAAGGGAGAAGUGACAUUAAAAAAGAUCCUGGCUUUGUGCAGAACGCUGGCACCUCCUCACAAAACAAACUUCAGUUAACAAAAAAACAGAACAAAACAAACAAACAAAAAAGGACAAAUAAGGAGAAAAAUGACAAAACACUUUAUUAUUUCCUCCUCAUGGUCACCUUGUGGUUCCUCUUUCUUAUUCCACCCCAAACAUCUUUCACUGUGUACCUCAGAAAGACCAGACUUAGAUGAAUUCAGUGAAUAUUGUCAGUUGAAUCAGAUGUAUUUAUGACACAUUUUUUUCCUGCAAAGAAAAAAAAAAAAAAAAGAACCAAACACCCUCCCUUUUCUUAAAACUGGAACAAAACCGUGUGUUUCUGGAGCCGGAGCCGGAUCGCCCCCCCACCUUUUGUCUGGACAGACCAAAGCCUGCUGCAGAACACAAGAAGGAAAUAAACCUUAACUAUCAGUAUUAUAAGAGAGAGAGAGAAAAAAAAGAUUUCUGAUGUCACAGUUAUGUGAGUCUUGCCUUAUUUCAUUACCAUGCUAGCUAACCGUGCAGAUGUGAAUGAAAAUAUGUACAAAUAUAUAUAUGAAGUAUUACUGUUGUAAAAAAUUUAACGAAAAAAAUAGAAUAAUUCAAAGAGGUGUUUACAUUCAUGUGGUCAUAUGGGAGAGAACUGUGAUGAAGCAUAAAUUGCAAAGCAAUGAUUUC